AUGGAGAUCUAUGAUAAAGCCACAUACAACUCUUUAUCCGAACACCCAUUCUUUUUACUGAAUCAGUACUGGCUUGAAGAAGCUGUUCCACUGGAUCCUGGACCACAGCUGAAACAGAGUCAUGCAGGGAAGGGAAGCAAAAUAGGAAAAUGUUUGCAGCUCGUCACAGGAGACGAAGGCAAUCCGCGUUCAGACAGCCCUAUAUUCGCAUUCAUAUAUAAAUGCUGUUAUUACAGAGUUAUGCUACGGUCUGUUCCACUUGUCCUGUACAUUCUUCUGAUGGUGGGAAUUGCAGUUUCCAGAGUACUUAUCUUAGCACACUUCCCACACCAGGUGCUGGCUGGGAUCCUAGCUGGUGUGCUAUUAGGAUACAUCUUGCCACGUACCGUUCCCCAUGGCCGUGGUUUGGGAUUUUUUGCACUGGUUUCUCUGUUUCUUCUGUUCGGGGCUCUUCUUGUUUACUGGGGAAUGAGUGCAGUCGGGAUGGACCUUUCAUGGUCUAUUCUUCUAGCCAACAAAUGGUGCUCAAAAUCAGAAUGGUUACGGCCAGAGACAAGACCCUUUUCUUCUGUGACAAGGAGUGCUGGGAACGCUCUAGGAUUGGGAUUUGCCCUGAAUUGUCCACUAUUCCACAGCCUGCGUGAAAUCACUUCAGGACAACGUGAAAGAGUCAUUUGUCUGCUACUCUCUUUCCUCUUUUUGAGACUCCAGCAAUCAAUUCCACUUCCUAUAUCCCCUCCUUUGCUCUACUACUUCUUUAACUUUUUGCGCCAUUCUCUCUGUCCCCUAGUGGUCAUUAUUUUGGUCCCCUAUAUAGAAUGGCGAUUUCGCGGUGGGAACAUGCAGAAGAGAGACUGACUAGAUCUGAUGUAGAAUUCACCUGUUCUAUUUCAUGUUUUUGUUGAUGUGAAACACUGUUAUUAAAAAUUGAAUAGUUUUAUCCUUAAUUAAACACUUUAAGAGGUUA